GCCGCUCCGGGCCCCCGGCGCUGGAUGACUGGCACGAGGAGCGCGCCCCGCACCUGCAUUUUGCUGCAACCCAACACGCUGCAUGCAAGUCUUUCACCAACAGAGGAUGGAAGCUUAGGAGCCAGACGAGACUGGCAUUGCAUUGGUGUGUGAGAUUUGUGCGGGACUGCCCGAGCGGCUGUGGAUUCUUUGUGUGAUACAUGAACCAGGAAACGCUCCUUCCCAUCCCUCCUUGAUUGUUUUAUUUACUUAUUUAUAAUCUGUGAAAAGAAUAGCCUGGAUGCUUUGCAAGAUUAAAGACCAAUGAAAUGGAAAUCUCAGUCCUGGAGAGACUGGCAACUGACUGCCCAGGGAAACCAGACAUGAAAAUAGCCCUAGGAAGAUGGAAGAUAAUGCUUUGAAAAGGCACUUUCCCCACAUGACGGGACAACAAGCUUCUGGUUAAAGACAAGUGUCCAGAGCCCAAGGUCUCCUGCCCACCAUGAAGGGACCCUGCGUCAUCGCGUGGCUGUUCUCAAGCCUGGGGUGGUGGAGACUUGCCCAGCCAGAGACAGACGCAUCUCAGUGCCAGAGAGCAGAGCACCCGGUCAUUUCCUAUAAAGAAAUUGGCCCCUGGUUGCGGGAGUUCAGAGCGAAGAACGCUGUGGAUUUCUCGCAGUUAACAUUUGACCCAGGACAGAAAGAACUUGUUGUAGGAGCAAGAAACUACCUCUUCAGGUUACAGCUUGAGGAUUUGUCUCUGAUCCAGGCUGUGGAGUGGGAGUGUGAUGAAGCAACCAAGAAGGCCUGUUACAGCAAAGGCAAGUCCCAGGAGGAAUGUCAGAACUACAUCCGGGUACUGCUGGUGGGUGGCAACCGGUUAUUUACCUGCGGGACCAACGCGUUCACGCCUGUCUGCACCAACCGCACGUUGAGUAACCUGACGGAGAUCCAUGAUCAGAUCAGCGGCAUGGCCCGCUGCCCCUACAGCCCGCAGCACAAUUCCACGGCUCUCCUCACGGCCGGCGGGGAGCUCUAUGCUGCCACGGCCAUGGAUUUCCCGGGACGCGAUCCCGCCAUUUACCGCAGUCUGGGCAUCUUACCCCCUCUCCGCACUGCGCAGUACAACUCCAAAUGGCUCAACGAACCAAACUUCGUGUCAGCUUACGACAUCGGAAAUUUCACCUACUUCUUCUUCCGAGAAAAUGCGGUGGAGCAUGACUGUGGGAAGACCGUGUUCUCCCGAGCUGCCCGGGUGUGCAAGAACGACAUCGGAGGCCGCUUCCUGCUGGAGGACACGUGGACCACGUUCAUGAAAGCCCGUCUCAACUGCUCCCGCCCCGGAGAGGUCCCAUUCUACUACAAUGAGCUGCAGGGCACUUUCUUCCUGCCCGAGCUGGAUCUGAUCUAUGGCAUCUUUACCACCAAUGUGAACAGCAUUGCUGCCUCCGCCGUGUGUGUCUUCAACCUCAGUGCCAUCUCACAGGCCUUUAAUGGGCCCUUCAAGUACCAGGAGAACUCUCGGUCUGCCUGGCUGCCGUAUCCCAACCCCAACCCCAAUUUCCAGUGCGGCACCGUGGACCAGGGCCUGUACGUGAACCUGACGGAAAGGAACCUGCAGGAUGCUCAGAAGUUCAUCCUGAUGCAUGAAGUGGUGCAGCCAGUGACCGCAGUACCCUCCUUCAUGGAGGACAACAGCCGCUUCUCCCACGUGGCCGUCGAUGUGGUGCAGGGCAGGGACGCGCUCGUCCACAUCAUCUAUUUGGCCACAGAUUAUGGCACCAUUAAGAAGGUGCGGGCACCCCUGACUCAGACCUCGGGCAGCUGUUUGCUGGAAGAGAUGGAGCUCUUCCCCGAGAGGCGGCCGGAGCCCGUCAGGAGCUUGCAGAUCCUCCACAGCCAGAGCGUCCUGUUCGUGGGCCUGCGGGAGCACGUGGCCAAGAUCCCACUGAAGAGGUGCCCGUCCCACCACACACGCAGUGCCUGCAUUGGGGCUCAGGACCCUUACUGUGGCUGGGAUGUGGUGAUGAAGAAAUGCACAAGCCUGGAGGAGAGCCUGAGCAUGACGCAGUGGGAGCAGAGCAUCGCCACCUGCCCUACGAGGAAUCUCACCGUGGAUGGGCACUUCGGCACGUGGUCUCCGUGGACGCCCUGCACACACACGGAUGGCAGUGCCGUGGGGUCCUGCCUCUGUCGCACCCGCUCCUGUGACAGCCCAGCCCCCCAGUGUGGCGGCUGGCCGUGCGAGGGCCCCCGCAUGGAGAUCGCUAACUGUUCCAGGAAUGGAGGCUGGACCCCCUGGACCUCGUGGUCUCCCUGCAGCACCACCUGCGGGAUCGGCUUCCAGGUGCGGCAGCGGUCCUGCAGCAACCCCACACCGCGGCACGGGGGCCGGGUGUGCGUGGGACAGAACCGUGAGGAGAGAUACUGCAAUGAGCACCUGCUGUGCCCCCCGCACAUGUUCUGGACAGGCUGGGGUCCCUGGGAACGGUGCACAGCGCAGUGUGGGGGUGGCAUUCAAGCUCGCCGCAGAACCUGUGAGAAUGGUCCUGACUGUGCAGGCUGCAAUGUGGAGUACCAGCCUUGUAAUACCAACCCAUGCCCUGAGCUGAAGAAGACCACGCCCUGGACACCCUGGACGCCCGUCAACAUCUCUGACAAUGGGGGCCACUAUGAGCAGCGGUUCCGGUACACAUGCAAGGCCCGCCUGCCUGAUCCAAACUUGCUGGAAGUGGGAAGGCAGAGAAUCGAGAUGCGGUACUGUUCUAGUGAUGGAACCAGUGGCUGCUCCACCGACGGCCUUUCUGGUGACUUCCUGCGUGCUGGGAGAUACUCUGCUCAUACCGUCAACGGGGCCUGGUCAGCCUGGACCUCAUGGUCACAGUGCAGCCGAGACUGCAGCAGGGGCAUUCGGAACCGGAAGCGUGUUUGCAACAACCCGGAGCCCAAGUUCGGGGGCAUGCCUUGCUUGGGCCCGUCCCUGGAAUACCAGGAAUGCAACAUUCUGCCCUGCCCAGUGGAUGGCAUGUGGUCUUGCUGGUCCUCCUGGUCCAAGUGCUCGGCGACGUGCGGAGGUGGACAUUACAUGAGGACCCGCUCCUGCACAAACCCAGCCCCCGCCUACGGAGGCGACAUCUGCCUGGGUCUGCACACAGAAGAGGCGCUCUGCAAUACGCAGCCCUGCCCCGAGAGCUGGUCCGAGUGGUCAGACUGGUCCGAGUGUGAUGUGUCUGGAGUCCAGGUCCGCACCCGCCAGUGCAUCCUUUUGUUCCCCGUGGGCAGCCAGUGUUCCGGAAACACCACGGAGAGCCGGCCCUGUGUUUUUGAUUCCAAUUUCAUCCCAGAAGUAUCUGUGGCGAGAUCCAGCAGUGUAGAAGAGAAAAGGUGUGGAGAGUUCAACUUGUUCCACAUGAUCGCCGUGGGGCUCAGCAGCUCCAUCCUGGGCUGCCUUCUUACGCUGCUGGUCUACACCUACUGCCAGCGGUACCAGCAGCAGUCCCACGACGCCACCGUCAUCCACCCCGUGGCGCCCGCCCCUCUCAACACCAGCAUAACUAACCACAUCAACAAACUGGACAAGUAUGACUCGGUGGAGGCCAUCAAGGCAUUUAACAAAAACAACUUGAUCCUAGAGGAAAGAAACAAAUACUUCAACCCACAUCUCACUGGGAAAACCUAUUCUAAUGCCUACUUUACAGAUCUCAAUAACUAUGAUGAGUACUAAGAGCUCUUCUGUUCUUGGCUUCUUGUAACUCCCCCAGUUCCUCAAGGCCUGUGCCCCAUGACUGCCCACGUCUCCAAGACUUCAGAGAUGGAGUAUGGAUACGUCUCAAGUGCAUUUCAAGCCGCGAGUGUCCCAUUGCUGCCAAAAAGACACGUCCUCAAUAGCAACAAAAAUCUAAACAUGACAUCGUGAAAAUCUGGUCUACAAUUUUUGAUCAUUGUUUAAUGAGCCAUGCUGUGCAGUUUUUUAAUUGUGUUCAGUCCAUUUUUCUAACAGGUUGGUUGUUUCCUUGAGCUUUUUCAUAACUCUACCACCCACAUUGGAAGGGGUCUUUAGAAACAGGAACAUCUUCUUGACCUUGAGAGUAAAUCUUCAUGAUGUUUUAAUUCAAGAAAACAGACACUUUCUAUGAGAACCUCCCCACCUCUACACGGUUUAUAGUAUUGAUAAAAUGAAGAAUAUGAAUGUGGCCAUACAGUGACUCACCAUGGAACGCUGUCUUCUCAAUCUGGAUGGUGCGGUGUGUGUUUGGACUUGGAAUGCUUCUUGCCUGAGGACACCCAGGGAUUCAGCCUCGCUUUCAUCUGCAGAGGUGACGGUCGGAGGUGUGAAGUGCUCCACCCUCAGUGUUGCUGCAGUUUCUGUGCUCUCCCUGGGGGAGCAGAGUGUAAAGAGCAGAGGCACAGACCCGAUGAAGGGGGAACAUGUUCUACACGUUGCUGUGAAGCUCGCCUUAUUCUUACUUGUGGAUUUCAUGGCAUUCAGGCAGCUGCUUGCCACGCGGUCGGCCUGGGAGCCCACCUGCCUGGUCCAUAGUAAUAUCCUGAAGAACCACUCUGUAAAAGAACCACUUGUUUAGCAUUUGAAUAAGAGACCCUACACCUCCCCUCUCUCUGUAAAGAAAAAUCUUGAACAUUCAUAAUGCCAAUGAAGAAAGUAUUGAAAGAACUGAAAUAUGAUUGAAAACUUUUUUUUAUUUUCCAUGUUACAGAAAGUAUUGAAAGAACUGACAUUUAAUGAAAAGCAACUUUUUAUUUUCCAUCUCCCUGAUAGAGCUAACAUAUGGCCAUCAGCCCCUAAAGAGCAUUAAUGAUGUGUAAAGUUGGCUUUCUGAGCUUGUCGCUAUACAUGUUGAAGUGCUCCCCAAGUACCAAGCUGUCAUUUGCUGCCUCCGGGUCAGGUGAGGAGGAGAUGUUUAGCUCUGGUGCCUUUUGUUUUUUAUCUCAGUGCUGCCUUCCCAUCCACCUACUCCCACUUCUCCCUGUAUGAGGGCAACGGCAUUUCAAGAAGUACCUUGAGAAAUCAGGGUGUCAGGAAGUAAGGUUUUUAAUGAUCCCUGUGAUUCUGAGCUUCAAUCACUCAUAGGCAUUUCAGGGUGUUAUGAUACUAUUCAGAGUGGUCCCCAGAAGAAAAAAAAACAGGAUAAAUUACUCACAAAAAACAGAAACAUAACAUAUGUCAGUUGGUUGAGUAACUAAUGAAAGUAAGAACAAGAUUGAAAUGAUUCAUUUGAUGCCUCUGGGUGUUGUGAGAAAGGCCUGGUAGAAAAUACUAUGUUUAGUAAUGAAUGUUGUUGAGUUCAAAAUAUUCUCGUAUACCCAAAUUUUCAGAAAUGGCUCUACUAAAAUUAAAAUCUAGAUUGCAGUAGGACUCUGGGAGGUCUGAUAGAUUUCAAAUGAAUGAUGUUUCGGGUCUUUCCAGUGGGGCGUUCAUACUAUAUCCCCUGUAUUGCGUGUAGGCUGUGAGAGAUUGCUCUGUCUACACAAAGUCCACACUUGGGAGGUGAAAGUCAGCCAGUUUUCUAGGUGUCCUUAGGUUGGAUUUUCUCUAGAUGCUUCAACCUGUCUCAUCACUUUCCUGUAAGAAAAAUGUCCUCACUAUGUAGUGCAUUUUAGCUGUUUCUUUUUAUUUCCUUCCCACAAUGUUUUCUAAGCUUAAAAGAUCAUUCUCUCUCCCCUAGGAGAGAGGAUACUAAUAUUAAAAAAAAAAAAAAGUCACUGGCCUUGAUGGGAAAUGCUUUCUAAAUGACAUCAAAGUUGGUCUUUAAUCAAUAUUAUGCAAUGACUAGAGAAAACGUCCUCCCCCACCACAGAAUUUUCAUGUUGUUGAUUACAUAAACCUUUACAGUUGUCACUACAAAGAAAUUCACUCACUUUUGUCCCCUGACACUCUAUUCAAAAGAAAAGUGUUUAGUUUUAGCAAUAAUGUAAGUUUUUUCACCAUCUAUGGAAUAACUUUUGUUUUCCCAUUACUGUAGAACUGUGUCUAUGCCUCCGUACCCUUCAACAAGCCCCCAUGUGCUGGGCUUUCACACUGGUACCUACCACUUCUGCUGGAACCUUCAUACAGCACCUCUUCCUUAGACUGGCAUGGUUAGGUUUCCUGCCAACACUUGUCACAUUUUAAAUUACUGUGUGACAUCUUCAUUCUCUCUUUAUUUUUUUUCCUUUUCCUCCCUCCCUCCCUCUCUCUCUCUCUUUCUUCUUUUCUUUUCUUUCUCGUACGAGCAGUACAGAUAGAGACUAAUAUUUUUAAAUUGCAUCUCUCUGAGCCUGACGUCAAAUGACAUUAAUCACAGUUUAAUUUCUAGGGUUAUUUCUGGAUACUGUUGAAAUCUGGCUGGUUUUCAUUAGGAAACUGGCUUUAGUCUCACACUGAAAUUCUUUGGGAGUGAUUCCCAGCGUUCAGUGCUUUCUGUAGACUAGACUAGCCAGCAUCUAAUAUCAACCAUGUGUACCAUAAAAUCCCCGCCUUCCGCAUAGCAGUUGGCCCUCCCCAAAUAACUCUGUAGAUGAUGGCUUUGAUGACACUAAGGCCUUUGUCACCCUGAAUGACAUGGACUCUGUGAAUUCUGAGGUGCUCUGGGGACGCAGGAUCAGGCUCUGCUACGUGAAGACCCAGCGUCCCCAGAGUCGGCGUUUCCAAACCCAGUUGUCUGACCUGCUCUAGGCAUGUUUCUAUGCUGCUGCUCCUUGGAAAUUUAUGGAAGGAUCUGAACUUUCCUGCUUCUUCAGGGGCAUUUCUUUAAGCCAGUAGUUUCUGACUUGGAUUGGCACUAAUACUGGGGAAAUAAAAGAGGGUUCCUGUGUGUGUGCAGGGUGGGCAGAGAUUCUAAAGGAACUGAGAGGAGUAAAUGGUGAGGGGAUGUGAGGGCUCUCUGCCGUGGGAAAGCCUCUGUGCCCAGGAAGAGACGUGGGGACGGCGUGAACAAGGGGUCUGGCUCCAUUGACUCACGAGUGAUGCCGAAGAGAAAGGAAGCAAAUGUGGGAGAAGGUGACCUUGAAAAGAAGGGGACCUGGCCCCUCCCAGCCCAGUGUCACACACGGUCCCAGGUGGGGACCCACGAUUGGCUCUCAAAGUCCUGUGGGCUGAUCCCUGGAUCUUCUGGGAUCAACUGCCCAGAGUGCAGGCGAAGGUGCCUCUAUUUCCUUAUCUGCAAAAGGGUGAAAUUCAUGGGAAUCAAAGCCUGUGUGGUGAGAGUUCCCACUGGAGUCAUUAGUAGAGUUCGUGAGUCAGAUGCCUUCAAAGUUAUGGACAGAGUCUCAGCAGGAGACUCCCAGGGGCUACCUGAAGGGAUGCUAUUAGUGCAACUGCAGAUCAAAGAAGAUUUUAUUGAAAAAUGUAUCACAUCUGUGCUCAGCUAGUAUUUUGUGUAAACACGUCCUUAAUGCACAUUGAAUGUGCAGCCUCAUUAGUGUCUGAAUGUACGCAUAUUCCCAUCCUCCUUUAUGACAUUUUCCUCACUUUUAGAAUCAAUCACGUACCUUUUCCCAACACUGUCAAAGCACUUUCAGCGUUGACUUUGCCCCAUGGGCAUCAACUUUCUUUAGCCCCAGGGUGUCUUUUAUAUUUCAGUGGGGUUUUCUUGUGUGUGGCAUUUUGAGGUAACUGGAUUGAAUUCCAUCUUUCAGUUUCAAAAAGUGACUCUGGAGCAUCUAUCUAGAGGCAACAGGUAGCAGUAGUGGAUCCCAAGCAUUGAGUCUGCCCCCAGGCAACUGCUCUCCAUGUGGCAGGGCUGGACUUAAAUCCCACAGCUCCAAUAAUCAUUGCCUGUGAAGGCAAGGAAUUAAAACACUAACCUUAAAUCUACCCAUAUGCAAACUCUUUGCUCUUAUAUUUAAGAUGAUAUAAAUUGGAGUUCACAGAUCUCAUUGGUCAUACCCAGAACAUUUAUUCCUUCUACUGACUCUCUCAUUUCAUGGUAAUUUAUGUUGACGUGGUGAUUCAUGUUGACAUGACAUUACCAAAAUUGAUUACCUCUGAUUACUUAUCCUUAACUAUUAUCAGAUACUAAUAAGCCAUCCUGAUCAAUGGGUGUGAAGUAGGAGAACAUCCAUUUUGGCCUGAGAAAUGUGCAAAAGGGAAUACCAAAUAUUUCAAGUGUAUUACCACAUAAGAUAAAAUAUUUGGAGACCAGUGGCCAUUGUGGAAAUUAUUUCUGCUGUUCUCUCCUAUUGAAGUCAUUGAUAAUAAUUGAUUUAAAGAUGUUUUGUAACUCUAUAAAUACAGAACCAAUGCUUUCUGGUUAUCUACUUUGAUAACCUGAUAAAACACAAGAAAAUAUAUUGCUUUCAUCCUUGCUUAUUUUCUCUUUUGGAAAUUGAAAAGUAAUGAACAAGUUGUAAAGUUGGAUUAUUGGCAGGGAUUUUUAAAAUGACUACCCCAUACUCUUCUUUAUGGAUUUAUGUUAAAGAUGCAUUAUAGUUAUUUUUGGAGCAGAUGGAUCAAAGUGGGAUUUUUUUAAUGGUCAUGUUACAUGAUCCAAAAUUUCGUACAUGUUUCAGAAGCAUUAGGAAUGGAUACCUGUUCUCGUUUGAAAAUAUAAGUUCACAUUGCAGAGGGUCUAAGAGCAUCAUCAAAACCAAAAUCAGAGCCUGACAUGAAUGUACUGUUCCUAGUGAAAGCUGUCUCAUAAAGUAUUUUCAAAAGACCAUAUUAGUUCUGCCAUAGAAAAAACAUCGAUCUUAUUACCCAUGACCAGAUUCAGUACCAAUUCUCAUGCAGGCAAACAUGUUUUACUUUGUUGACAUGAUGACAGUAACUAGUCAGAGAUGGUCUAAGACCAGAAAGGAGAAAAGUUGAGAUAGAAAACCACUCUGUGGUAUUUCUCCAACUAACAUGUUGGAUGGGCAAUGAACUUCAUUCCCCCUCUUCCAUAUGAGUCAGACAUCGGAGGCCAGCAGUUCAAACCUGCUCCUGUUCUUUCUCAGCUUUUUGGCAACUUAAUGCCAAAAAUGGCCCAAAUAUUAGAUGUCUAAAAUAGCUCCCAUGUUAGAUAAAUACAAGCUGGAGAGCACAAUCUGGAUUCUAGAAAAUCCAAACUAUCCCCCUAUCGUGUCACUAAGAAAGAGACUGGUUAGUAAAUACAGAUGGUUUAAUUUCCUAUAAAAAGUUGCCAGUGCCUUGUUUAAGAUGAUGACUUAUCAUUUCAUCUGGAUAUUAUUGGUUUCAAGCAGAGGACCGAUUGAGUAUACUUUGAAGAAAAUCAUUUUUACAUGCCUCUUUGAACUCAGGAAUAGAAAAUGAACAAGAAGGACAUCAUCGUCAGAUGUGAUUUCUGGCCCCACUGGGGCUGUGAUGCCAGAAGGGGUGCCGUGGUGUGUUAGAAUUUAAGGUGAACCCAGCCUUUCAGAAACUGACAUCGCUGUAAUCUUACAUCUUCCCCAAAGAACGCCUUAGCAUUUGUUCUGUAGUAGGAUUGUCAAUGGGUUGCCUGUAGAAGUUAGAGGGUUUUGUUACUGUCUCUCUUCAGGCAAGUCUGUAGAUAGAGGAAAAUCAGACAUAGGCUGGUGAUAACUGGCUCAGAUAUGGUGAGUGGGAUGAGAACCACCUAGAAUAUUGCCUGCUGUUUGUUUGUUUGAAGUCAAUGUCAAAACUGCUUCAUGACUUCACAUAGUUUUCAUUCUUAAUUUGAGUUAAGAAAGUUAACAGUGUUUUUUCUGCGGAAUUUGAUUCCUUUUCUCCUGUACCAUGACUGUUGGCCAAAAUCAAACUUGAACUUCUGCACUUUGAAAGAAAGCACACUAUGAAACUUCAACACAAGCACCUACAUUCACCACCAAAAUUCUACAUUGUCUGCAAAGAAAGUGCACAAACUUGGUCCAAUGUAGGAGUCUUCAAAAAUAUGUAACUAAAUUUGUGUGUUAUGCCACUUGAUGUGACUUUGGAAGAUGUUAUGAAAUGUUAAAUUUCUCAUUCUGUGUUAAUUUGCUGUUGCUGUUUUGUGAUACAAAAUAAACUUAUUUGGGAUUGUUUCCUUUUCUUUUUCAUUGAGCCUUCUCCGAAGCCACCUUGACCUCUUGGUAAACUUACAGAAUGUUACUGAUCUUGAAAUUAGUGUUUAAAAGACAAUAUGGUAUGUGUGUGUGUAUAUAUAUAUAUAUAUAUAUAUAUAUAUAUGUAUCAGGCAGACCUCUGUUUAAAUACAAACUAAUUUUGUGGUCCAGGUGAGCCCAUUAAUCUGCCUAAACCCCAGUUUUCUUAAUUCUAUUAAAUGAGAGUAAAAAUACCCACCUUAAAAGAUCAGUCAGAGAAUUAAAAAUAAGCCUGAUUUAGUGCUUGAUAUAUACACAAUAAAAAUAUUUGUUUUAACAGAAUAUCUCAUUAACUUGUGCAUGAAACAAAAAUCUCAAAAAAAAAAAAAAAGACAAUAUAUAUUAAUCAUAAUGGAGCCUUUUUAGAAUGAGGUAGCACUGUCUCCCCCUCUUGGAAUGUUUGUGCAUUUCUGGGUAUUCCCUCUCAGGACCAUUGGGAGUCCCACACCGUUUUUCAGUCCUUACAUUUGACUUUCAAGGCUUCAUUGGAAAUCUUAUUGUGAAAAAUGUGUAAAUACAGAUUUCCAGUGAUCUUCACUUUGAUCUUUUCUGUUCAUCAAUUCACUGGUCUUAAAAAUCUCACUUGAGAGUGUCCAGGUCUAUAUCUACAAAAGUUGUUUAAUGACACCCGGUAAACAUUGUUUUCAAAAUCAGUUUAAGACACCAGCCGAGGCAGUGCAGGCAGGGCGCCCAGUGCCCGCUGCCCUGGAUCCAUGAGGGGAGUUCAGGGAAGAGGCAGGAGGGGGUCUCCCAACCCAUCAGCGGAAACCACCUCUCACAAGCUCCCAGCCUCAACCCGGAGGAAAACAAGCAUAUUUAUAAGGAAAAAUGAGCUGUUAUCCCAGAAAUGAAAGUGUCCUGCUCACUCACUGUUCCUGCCGAAUUGCCAGGUUCUAUAACCCAAACCUCUGCAUCUUUUAUAAACAAUAAAUUCAUGAAGGAUGAUCCAGAGUACAGCCAACAGUCCCCAAGCUUCCUUCCAGAACAGCCCCCUCCUCAUCACUAUCUGCCAACAUUUUGGGGCCAAAAUAAGAGAAUCUUGAUUAUGUACAGUAAAAAUUGUAUUAUAUUUUUUGUACUUAUGCUUUAUGUACAUAGUUUGUCUCUUUCACUUGUAAGUUAGCAUUGAAAUAAAUUCUA